AUGGCGUCCGCGUUCGAGCGCCCGAGCCCCGACGUCCUCGCGUCGAGAUCGCAGCGGUUCAAGGCGGAGGCGAAGAUCGUUCGGAGCCUCCCCGCGCCGAAGAAGGUGAUGGCGUGGACCGGGGGGAAGGUCACGAGCAACAAGGGCGAGGCGCUCGCGAAGUUCCUCGCGAGGAAGGCGGAACUCGGCGAGCGCGUGGAUCCGAAGCUGUUGAAAAACGCGGUGAGAGCGACCGCGGAGGCGGCGCAAGUCGCGGUGGACCCGGAGGCGCCGCCGUCGCCGACGGACGCGGACGCGCGAAGGAAGAAGAAGGCGGCGAGAUCGGCGGCGAAGGCGGCGAAGAAGAUGCUCAAGGUGGAGAAGAAGGCGCUGAAGAGAGCGUCCAAAGAGCUGAGCAAGGCGGCUAAGAAGAACCUGAAGCGGUCGCAGAAGCGCGCGGAGAAGAAGAACGCGCUCUGA